AUGUCUUCUCCUCUUGAUGGGCUGGUCGUGGGUAAAGAGAAACCUUCGACCAUGGGAGCAGACAUCCAAAAAGGUAUUUCAAUAUUCAACAACAGGAAAUCUCCGACACAACCGAGAACAAAAACCUUCGAGACAUCAAAGAUCGGGGAAGUGGUUGGUUUUCCUUCCCAAGAAAUUGUGAGCCAUGAAGUCGUCGAGCAAACUGGUUUUCGAUCACUAGGACUGAACAGCUGGUUGUGUGAAAAUAUAACCUCGAUGGGAAUCGCCACCGCGACACCGGUUCAACGGGGUUGCAUACCCGCAAUUUUGGCAGGAAGAGAUGUCAUCGGAGUGGCGCAAACUGGCACAGGAAAGACGGCAGCGUUCGCUCUCCCUAUUUUACAGAUACUUGGACGAGAGCCUUAUGGAAUUUUUUGCCUUUGUUUGACACCAACCAGAGAACUAGCAUCUCAGAUUUCAGAACAGUUUAUUGCUUUUUCGGCAGGGAUGACUCUCCGCUGCGAAACCGUUUUUGGUGGCGAGAAUAUCCGGACGCAGGCAAAGGCUCUGAUGCUGAGACCACACAUAGCAGUUGCGACACCGGGCAGACUUAUGGACCAUUUUCUUCACUGCUCUGCAGUCGCUAAAUGUUUUGAAAAUGUCAGGUGCCUGGUUCUCGACGAAGCUGACAGGCUGCUAGAUCCGGGAUUUGAAGCGGAGCUUCAAGCCAUCAUGCACAACUUGCCAUCAGCUAAUCGCCAAACCUUGAUGUUUUCAGCUACCAUCACGAAGUCCAUAUCCGCUGUACAAGAACUAGCCCUUGGCAAAGCAUUACUUUUCGAGGCCCUUAAGGAUACACAACUUGCAGGCCGCUGCAAAGAAGAAUAUUGCUUUAUCGCACCAAGGGUGAAAGAAGUAUAUCUUGUUCAUAUACUGAAAAGAGCACCGACAUGGGGAACGAGGUCGAUGAUUGUUUUCGCUGGAACAGUUCGAAAAUGUCAGAUGCUGAAGGAAAUUCUUUCAGUCUUGGGAAUAAACUGUGUUGCCUUACACGCUGCCAAGAAACAAGCACGCAGACAUGCCAGCCUCUCGCGAUUCAAAUCUGGCGAAAUUCAAAUAAUGAUUGCUACUGACAUUGCAUCACGCGGCCUUGAUAUUCCAACGGUUGACAUGGUUGUAAACUAUGAUGUGCCCUUAAUCCCCCGGGAUUAUAUUCAUCGGAUCGGGCGCACUGCACGGGCUGGGCGGGUUGGCAGAGCCAUCACACUUGUGACACAGCAUGACAUUUCCUUGGUGCAUCAAAUCGAACAACUCACCUGUAGAAAGCUAGUUGAGCUUUCUAAACUUUCUGAGGAAGCUAUUCUGAAAGAUAUGGCGCAGGUCUUUGCAGCAAGGCGAAUUGCGAACCUGAACAUGGGUGCAGCUGGUGGUUUCAAUGAAAUCCUUCGUCAGAAAAGAUCAAAGUGCACAAAAUGA